CCCCCCUCCCUCGGACUUUAUUUAUAGGACACUUGUGUUGCUUGUCGAGAGUCACGCCACUCGGACACGCCAGGCACCAGAACGGCCCGCUCCGCCCGCAGUCCAAUCCUGGAAUCCUCUCCUCAAGUAGACGUCUUUGAAGGUCUGUGACAUCCACCAGACGGCCGUGCCUCUGACCCUGCCUUCCCCCCCCCCCCUGCACUCCUUCAACCCCACCCGUGACUGCCCCACAAAUAUGGCGCUGUCAUCACGCUUAAAACUUUGGGAAAGGAAGAUUCAGGAGGAGAAGCAUCCGGCGCCGGCCCCCGUCCCCCCGCCGCCUCUCUCGGCCCCCCCGGGCGGCUCCCUCAAGCAGCUGGUCCGAGAUUCCGAGAAGGAAAGCAAGCAAAAAGAGCCCGACGUCAAAGAUGACAAAACGCAGCCGAGCAAGCUAAGCGACGACUUGGUGCAGCAGUUCUUGCUUCCCGACCAGACUCCGCCCAUCCUGGAGGCAGAGAUGUUGCUGCGAGCCGAGAAGCGAGGCCCCGCUGCCGGCCCUGCCGCCGCUGCCGGCCCUGCCGGCCCUGCCGCCGCUGGCCCCGACGCCGGCCCCACCCUCUCGCCCCGCCCACCCUCGUCCCAGAGGAGCGCCGGUGAGACGAAAAGCCGACGGGAGGCGUCCGCCGCCGGAAGCGAGAGCCAGGCGCCUCAGCCCGGUCUGCGGGAGGAGGAAAUGGAGGAACGUCAGGAACCCGAAGGAAGUCCAGCGGACACGGCUGGAAUGGAAUGUGACAGCAGGCGCGAGGUGAAGGACGUGUGGUACGAGGCAGGCGCCGUUUGGUACGUGCACAAAGACGGAUUCGCGCCGGCCACUCUGCUGAAGCCUGACGAAGGGACACCCGAUCUCCCCCAAGGCCACGUGAGACUCCGCCUCCACGUUGACGGUUCGCUCAUCGACGUGGCCGAAGACAGCGUUGACAAAUGCAACCCCCCCCACCUGGACCUGUGCGAGGACCUGAGCGAACUAGAAAGCGUCAACGAGAGCAGCGUGCUCCACACGCUAAUUAGCCGCGCUAAGGCUAACAUGCCGCUAACCCAAGCCGGGCCCAACCUGAUCAACUUGUGGCCGCCGCUGCAGACCUCCAGCAAGUCUCGCAGUGGCGAGGCGUGGUGGGACGCACCGCCUGCUCUGGCCGCCCUGGUCAAGCGGGUGUACGUGUCGCUCGUGGACUCCCGUCGGGACCACUGCGUCUGCGCCGUGGGUCGCAGCGGCACCGGCAAGACGGCCGCCUGCCGGGCCUUCGCCGUGGCGCUGCUCAAGCAAGCCGGAACGGCCGGACCCAACUUGAGCGUGGCUCGCGUGCAGGCCAUGUUUACGGUCUUGAAGUCUUUUGGCUGCGUGACUUCGGCGCGCAGCGAGGCCUCGUCGCGCUUCGCCACGCUUUUCUCUUUGGACUUCGACCACGCCGGACGAGCCGCCGCCGGACACCUGCAGACCAUGAUGUUGGACAAAUGGCGAGUUUGUCAGGUGACGGCAGGAGAGAGCAACUUCCUGGUCUUCUCGCAGCUGCUAGCGGGACUAAGCGCGGAGAUGAGGUCGGAACUGCAGCUCCAUCAGCUUGCGGAGCAGCACGCCUUUGGCAUGGCCCCUCCUACCAAGGUUGAGGAAAAACAGCGAGCCUCCGUGGCCUUCGCCAAGCUGUUGGUCGCCAUGGAAACGCUGGGCUUCAGCGCCAGCGAGCAGAAGGCCAUCUGGCACGUGCUGGCCGGGAUUUACCAUCUGGGGGCCGCAGGGGCCUGCAAAGUGGGGCGGAGACAGUUUUUGAAUUUUGACAGCGCUCAGGCAGCCAGCUCUGUGCUAGGCUGCGAGAGCGAGGAGUUUCACACCUUGGUCUUCAAGCAUCACCUCAGGCGUUUGCUGCGGAAGGCCACCGGGAGCGACAGGGAGCACAGCGGCGUGUCCCAGGCUGAAGAGGGUCCCAGGCUGACGGCGGCGCAGUGCCUCCAAGGGAUGGCGUCGGCUCUCUACGAAGAACUUUUCAGUGCCGUCGUGUCGCUCAUCAACAGAUCACUGAGCGGGCAGCAGUUGGCGCUGGCGUCGGUCAUGGUGGCGGACGCGCCAGGCCUGAGGAACCCUCGCCACCACGCGGCGCACCAACGAGCGGCCGACUUCAGCGACUUCUGUCACAACUACCUGCAAGAACGACUGGCGCACUAUCGAUACGUUCACACCUUCACAAACAGCCAGGACAUCUAUGCGCAGGAGAACAUUCAGGUGGAGCUGGAGUUUCCCGAGAGCAAGCCGGCCGACGUGGUGUCCGCCAUCGACCAGCCGGCUCCUCAGGUGCGCGCAGCAGGCGACGCCCCUCGCGGUCUGCUGUGGGCGCUGGACGAAGAGAUGUGGACGCCUGCGUCUGACGAGGGCGCCGCCUUGGAGCACGUGUGCCGCCAUUUCAGCGACAGCGUGCGUCAAUGCGAGCAGCCUCUGCACUGUGAAGUUCAGCACCUAGCGGGAAGCGAUGCCGUCCGCUACGACCUCAGCGGAUGGUUGGACAGGUUGCGCAACAAUCCGGCCGCCGGCAACGCCGGCGAACUGCUGCGCAACUCCCACAUCGGACCGGUCAAGUCGCUGUUCACGCCAAGCGGGCGCGCCAAUCCCGCUUGCGGCGGCGUGUGCGGCCUGGAGGGCUGGAGCCAGCGCUCCCUGCAGAGGAGCAGCAUCGUCCGCAAGACGCUGAGCGCCGGCACGGCGGCGCUGCGCAGACAUUCGCCGUGCAUCGGCGUCAAGCUGCAGGCCGACGCCCUGGUCAACGUGCUGCGCCGGGCCAGGCCCGUCUUCCUGCAGUGCAUGGGCGCCGAGGCGGACGCCGGCGCCUUCGACGUGGCCCGCCUCCGAGCGCAACUGGAGGCCGCGCAGACGCUGGCCGUGUUGCGCGCUUACCGCACAGGUUACCCGGACCACAUGGCUCUGAGCGACUUCCGCUGCCACUUCCAGGCGUUGUCUCCGCCCAUCAUGAAGCGCUACGCCUCCAUGUUUGUCAGCCACGACGAGAGGAAGGCCGUGGACGAGCUGCUGGCUGACUUGGACCUGGAGCCCAAUAGCGUGGCGGUCGGCGCCAGUCGGGUGUUCAUGAAGCGUGGCGUGCUGCGCCACCUGGAGGCCCAGCGGGACCUGCAGGUGACAGGCUGGCUAGUCCACCUUCAGGCGGCCUGCGCCGGUCACCUGGCCAGGCGCAAGUACCGCACGCUCAAGGUGCAGCACACGGCGGUGCAGUGCCUCCAGAGGAACCUGCGGGUGCUGCGCGGCGUGUCGGAGUGGCGCUGGUGGAAGCUCUUCUGCCGGGUGCGCCCCCUGCUGGACGUCAACAUGGACAACGAGAGGCUACGCGCCAAAGAAGAGGAACUUUCGGGGUUGAGAAGACGUUUGGAAAAGUCCGAGAAAGAGCGCAACGACUUGCGACAAACGGUGGACGCCUGCGAAACCAAACUGACGGCGGUGACCUCGGAGCUGAGCGACGAGCGUUUCCACGGCGACGCCGUGGCUCAGGCUCUGGACGUGGAGAGAGCGGAAAGGCUGAGGCUCAGCAAGGAGAACAAGGAUCUGCAGGCUCGCCUGGACCAGUGCGCGCUUGCCAUGGAGGCACUGGAGAAGAAUCUGGAAGUGGAACGUCAAAAGAUUCGCACGCUGGAGAGUCGGCAAUUGGCGGGAACAGAGAGCGAGCUGGCCCUGCAGCUGGACUGUUGCCAGACGGAGGCCGACUUCCUUCGCCGACGUCUGCAGCAGACGGAAGAGAAGGCGCUGGGCGAGCGGGACGCGCGGCAGCAGGCGGACGCCAAGGUGGCAUCCUUGGAGGCUCAACUGGACCAGUCCAAGCGCGCGGCGACAGAGCUGAAGCGCCACAACCGGCGCCUGGGCCACGACUUGCACGACGCCAGGGUGAUGAGCGACAACCUGCGCAAUCGCACCCACCAGCUGGAACGCAAACAGCGACGAUUUGACGGCGAGCUGGCCGCGGCGUUGGCGGAGGCAGACGGCGAGCGGGAGCUGAAGGAAAAAAGCCUGCAGGAGAACGCCGCGCUGGGGGUGCAGAUUUUCUCGCUGCGCCGAGACCUCCAGGAGAGCGGAGCGGAGGCGUGCCGCCUCCAGCGGCAGAAGGACGAGUUGUGCAGUCAGAUCCGCGACCUCAGCGUCCAUCUGACGGCCGAGUCGCUGCCCGAGCUGAAGAAGCAAGCGCGCUGUCUGGAGGGCGUGGCCAGCGAGAGGGCGGAAGAGAUCGCCGCGCUGAGCGCCACCGUCGAGCGCCACCGGCAGGUUCACGUGCGCACCGAGUUGGAGAUGGCUCGGGUGAAGCAGAUGCACCAGAAGGAGCUGGAGGACAAGGAGGAGGAGCUGGAGGAUGUGCACAGGUCGUCUCAGAGGCGGCUGAGACAGCUGGAGAUGCAGCUGGAGCAGGAAUACGAGGAGAAGCAGAUGGUGCUUCACGACAAGCAGGACCUGGAAGCGCUGGUGGCCACGCUGUGCGAACAGGUGGGCCACCGCGACUUUGACGUGGAGAAGAAGCUGAGGCGUGACCUGAAGAGGACUCACGCUCUCCUGGCUGACGCCCAGACCCUGCUGGGCGCGGGCCAAAGCCGCAAGACUCCCGACGGCGGGAGCGCCGAGCAGCUGGAAAGACUCCACUGUCAGUUGGAGGAGAGCGAAUCCCGACGCCGGGAGGUGGAGGCCGCGCACAGCACCUCCACGCAGGAGCUGGAGGACCUUCACCUUCGACUGGAGGACAUCUGCAAGCAGAAGACUCUGGCAGAUGAGGAGCUUUGUGUCCUGCGGCGGGAGAAAGUCGACCUUCUGAAGCGUCUGGAAGAGGAUCAGGACGACCUCAACCAACUCAUGAAGAAGCACAAAGCGCUCAUUGCGCAGUCGUCCGGCGAUAUCUGUCAAAUCCGAGAGUUGCAGGCGGAGCUGGAGGAGGUGAAGAAGCAGCGACAGGGGCUCCAGGAGGAGCUCCAGCAGCAGGCGUCCAGGAUGCACUUCCUGGAGUCGUCCACCGUGGGGCGCAGCAUUGUCAGCAAGCAGGAAGCGCGGGUGUGUGACCUCGAGAACAAGCUGGAGUUCAGCAAAGGUCAAGUCAAAAGGUUUGAGGUGCUGGUGCUGCGGCUGCGCGACAGCGUGGUGCGCCUGGGUGAGGAGCUGGAGCAGAGCGCGCAGUCGGAGGCUCGCCAGCGCGACACCGCUCGCUACUUCCAGCAGCGGCUCCAGGACCUGCGGGUGGAAAUGGAGGAGCUGGACCGACGGCAGCAGGAGAGCAGCAGACGCCGCAUGGAGCUGGAGAUGCAGGUGGAGGAGCUGACGGCCAUCCGGCAGACCUUGCAGGCCGACCUGGAGACCUCCAUCCGCCGCAUCGUGGACCUGCAGGCCGCCCUGGAGGAGGUCCGCUCCAGCGACGACAGCGACUCCGACAGGGAAUCCAGCAGGGCGGAGGAUGCUUUGGCUUGGCGAGGGACGGACUCGCCGCGCGGCAGCGGCAGCGACACCCUCACCAGUCAGGCGGGGCGCCGCUCGCCGGCCGACUCCUGCGGCUCGCGCACUUUCCGCUCCUUGGAGGACCCGGACGAGACCGACUCGGGCGCGGGGCGUCCGGGAGGAGGACUCGGCAGGGCGGCGUCCUCCUCGGCGCUGUCCGAGCUUCUGGAAGGACUUCGCAAGCGGCGAGUGGGCAGCACUGCCGAGGUGGGGGGCGCGCUUUCGCUUGGCGUUUGUCAACCCACGGCGGCGGCGGCCCUGCGCCGCCGGGCCUCUGCGCUCUCCGUUGCAUCGGGGGAACUUCCGGAAGCGCGCCCGGGCAUUCUGAAGCCGACCUCACCGCUCCUGCCCCGCUCCGCCGCAUCCUCCGCUAUGCCGCCCUGCGGCUCAACGGCACCGCCGCUGCCCCGCCUCUCGUUGUUGGCGUCCUCGCUGGCCCAGUGCCCCUCCUCCCCGGGCAUCCCAGAAGAGCAACGUCAGCGCUCCCCAAGUUUGCCCCGAGGCGUGACGUUCCAGAACCGGCAUCUCCUGGGCGAAUGGGACGCCGCAUCUGUCGCCUCCGACCUGUCUGACAUCCCGCCCGCCAUCCGUAGAGCUCAGUCGGCCGGCAGCCUGGCCGGCAGCCUGGCCGGAAGUCUGACCGGCAGCCUAGUCGGCUCGGUACGUGGCGGCCGGCGGACGCUCAGCGUCCGUUUUGGGGAUCUGCCUCCCUCCACUCGGCAUGGCAGGGAUUCCGCCACGGAGUCGUCCGGGUCCGGAAGCUCGGCGGAAAGUGGGGAGCCGACGCGGCCCCGACGGCGUUCGGGCCAGCCCAGGGGAGAGCGGCUGGAAGCUGAGGGCAGCGAGGGCGGCGACGUGGCCUCCGUCAUGAGGAAGUACCUCAACAAGGAAAGCGACUAAGCAGCUAUUGGCAAGUUGGUUAGCGUCACUCACGUCUUGUCUGUGUGUGUGUGUGUGUGUGUGUGUGUGUGUGUGUGCGCGCGCCUAAACAAGCAGACGUUGAUGUCUGUCGCGCAUGGAAUAAAAAGCAAACCUUUUUGUCACCGA